AGGUGAUCUGCUUGUUGUUGUUUUGCAACGACCUCGUAAUGAUUUCCAUAAAUGGUUUAUUUCCCACGACUAAUCGCAAACUCGAACCCACCCCAAACGCUGCAGCCACUGGCAUAACACUCGUCCUUCGCGAUACCCCAGUCAUUUCUCUCGUUCACUCUGCUACAUCGCUCUUGUCUAUGUCCCACAAAAUAAGACUUCAUGGAGAUCUCACAACGACUCGGAUCAUCCGUCUUUUGCGACCUUUGAGGACGAAAUGCGAAUCGUUGUCUGCAUCUCCCUCAAAACCUGGCGUUUCCGUGACAUAUGCAAGUUCGUCACGAAGGCCUAUGGAAUCCUCAAGUGACGUGUCUACAUCUCGACACGCAUUCUCUUUAACGGCCCUCCCCCCUCCUGAACGCAUGCAUUCUCUGAAGUAUGACAGGGAACUUCUUCAGUUAUCAAGGAAGAUAUACGACAUCAAAGACGCGUUUCACAACGUCAUUCAAUCCGCUUUAGGAACCUCGUUUCUUCUUCGACGUCAGUCCCAACCAUCGCAUGCAGACGAAACCGAAAGCAGGGUACUUGGCCUCGCCGCGAUGUGUUCCACCAUUGUCGGUGAGCACAUUGAAGCCGAGGUGAAGGCUUCCCAGGAAACCAUGAACACAGUGUCCGCAUUCGAGGACGGAGACAUAUCAGUAAUUACUGAGCUCUACGAUGCCAUCCCUGCGCAUCAUCGUCGUCAUGCCAUCAUAUCUCAUGCACUUUCCGUUAUACUCACAACAUGCCCUCACUAUCCUACACUGCUAUCUAUCCUUCUAGAACUGACAGUGGCAUACACCUUGGCACACGAAUCCGAACGUCUGCUCGAAACCAUUUUCGUGACCGUAUUCCGAUCGAAUAGUGCCUUUAUGGUGUCCUCAAUAUCCGAUAUAUCGCAAUCACGUUAUCUUACAUCUCUACAUGAAAAGUGCUGCAAGUUCACUUCCGUCAAUUCUCGUGUCUUCACCCGAAUCCUUAGUGGCGUAUUGGCUGAUUCCUAUGGUUCCAAGAGAUCAUAUCCGUGGAUAUGCCCGGCAAUGUCUCGUCUAAUGCAUGUCGUUCGCACUCAGGACGACCCUUCUUUAAUGAACCUUUGCAUCGGGAUAGCAGAAUGCGUGUCGACCCAACCAGAGAAGGGCAAGGAGGUCGAGACUAACGUUGGGCCAUUGUGGACCAUGCUGGCGGAGAAUCUACAAGUUAUCUUCACCCGCCUUCACUCUCGCUCUUCGACAGCCAAGGAGAAUGACAUUCUGGAGGGUCUACAGGCCAUUUCCGAAUUCUUAGAGCAGGCCUUUGUAUUUGGAUUACAUCGACACGAUUCCCCAGAUUCGUCGGACGUGAGGAACACUCUCAGUUCCCUUGCCUUAUAUUGCCUAACAUCUUUAUACCUCCCGUCUUUGGGAAUCGACGCUGAGCACAAGUUUAUAAAGAUGCUAACGGAAAUGCAACUCAACAAUGACUCCUACCUCAAGUUUAUUUCAGUUAUUUACCCUUCCAAUGCCGAAGACCUCAUGCUUCCUCCUUCAAUAGACGAGUUGGCCACAUACCCCAAAGCUCUGCGAAUCAGAUCUCUGUUCGCCCAAGAGGCUCCGUUCUGGUCCAGUGUCCUGCGACAUGUGGAAGCUCUGGCAUUCAAUUGCCCAGGAAGUUCGCCACACCCACAUCGUGCCUUUUUGCUUUCACUCAGAGCGGAGCUUGUCGCACGUGUGGAGGAAGUAGAGCAUCUUCAGUUCAAGGCUAAUCUGGCAACCACAACAUACUCUGGAAAGAACUCUGCGUUGUCAGGCGCCGAAGUAGAGGCUGAUUGGCGUUGGGAGGACCUGGUGGGAUGUUGGGUGCGGAAGACACCUAUCGUGCCCAAACGGCGCAAACGACUUCGUCCGAAUGGUGAAUCUCCUGCUCAUAUACGUCGACUGCAGCUGAAGCGAAGCUCACUCGAAGAGUGGGCUCCGAGUUGCACUCAGGGAUGGGACGUAUUCAAUGAUGCAGGGAAAAUCCAAAACUUGAAGAGACGUCGAACAGACUCGAUCGCUCGGCAGUCUGAGAAGUCCUCUUCUGCUUCGUCGUCCAUGUCUACAAGUAGCCAUGGUACAUUGUUCUCUACUGGUCAAUCAACUGUCGUACCUCCGAGUAAUACCUCUCGUCGGAAACGCGCUCGCUCUCCAGACACGCCUCCUUCCUCACCGGCCCCUUCUAUUGAUCUUGAAGAUAUCCCUCCUAGAUCGAAAUUGACGGCUUCCAAGCCAAGGCGGAUAUCAAACUUCAGUUCCAUCCUGGCUGACGCUCAAAUGAAUCGUGUCGUGCUUCAUGACUCUGACAGCGAGGACGACAACUUAGGUCUACUCAAAAGCCCUCCGGCCCCUUCCCUGGCUGAAAGACUCGUUCUAAACGACCUCGAGGAGGAGGAUGUGCUCCAAGGUGUUUGUACUGCCGAACAGUUGUCUUCAGAUGACCUCAACCUAUUUGCGUACCCUUCAUCACCUAUCAAGUACUAAGCUAUCUUCGUUCUUGGCACCUGUGUGUGCGGACUGAUUAUCAUGGACAUAUAUACUGUAUCAUACCCUCAAUCUGUGCCUAUACCCGUUCUGACUCUGUAAUUUUUCUUCAUUUGCUUUUCAGUAACUUGAUUUGUUGUAUAUCUUGCAUUGAACGCGGCAGCAUCGGAGAGCUAGCGUGCCAGUAAUGCGACAC